CUAUUGUUCAUUCAUAAUCUCAGCAGGUGUCAGUCUCCUGGACGUGAAUGUGAAAGAGUAUAACGGGAAAGCACAAGAGUUGAAUGUUAACGUUUCUUAUACAGGAGCCACACAGAGGCUGGUUAGGCUCUAUGGUUCACGUUAACUGUUGGCACCCACUAGGUGAGCCCAAGAGCCGCACCAAGACAUCGUGAGUGUAUGUGUGUGUCUCUCAGGCUCAUGAAAUGUAGCAGGUAAUGAGAGAAGGGGACAGACCACACCCCUCACAGAGAACAGACAGGUAAACAGGUGCUUUGCUCGCUCCAUCACACGCACAACAUACUCAGUAAUGAUCUCAACAACAUCCAGCAUGGCCGAGAUGGUUGCACAAAGUAAACUUCAGAUCAACUGCGUUGAGAAUGUCGAAGAUAAAAGUUCAGGAAGACUUGGUUGUUUCGGUUGGCUGUUGGUUCUCCUAUCCCUCCUCUUUGUAGCAGCAACCUUCCCACUCACAAUAUUUAUGUGUAUUAAGAUAGUGAAGGAGUAUGAGCGAGCUGUCAUCUUUAGGCUCGGCCGGAUCACAGACAGAAAACCUAAAGGGCCAGGACUUUUCUUUAUUCUGCCAUGCACUGAUAACUUUGUGAAAGUUGAUCUGAGAACUGUUUCCUUCGACAUCCCUCCACAGGAAAUCUUAACCAAAGACUCAGUGACAGUGUCUGUGGAUGGCGUGGUGUACUUCCGCAUACACAGCCCCAUCUCAUCUGUAGCCAAUGUGUCCAACGCCCACUUAUCUACACGGCUGCUGGCUCAAACCACCCUGAGGAAUGUACUCGGCACCAAAAUCCUGGCAGAACUGCUAUCUGACAGAGAGAGCAUAUCACUCAGUAUGCAGGAAGCUCUGGACGAAGCCACUGAACCGUGGGGUAUUAAGGUGGAGCGUGUGGAGAUAAAGGAUGUGAAACUGCCUCAGCAGCUGCAGAGAGCCAUGGCAGCAGAGGCAGAAGCCAGUCGGGAAGCCAGAGCAAAGUUAAUUUCUGCAGAGGGGGAGAUGAAGGCCUCCAGGGCUCUGAAAGAAGCCUCUUUGAUAAUUGCUGAGUCACCCUCUGCUCUCCAGCUGCGAUACCUGCAAACCCUCAACACCAUUGCAGCAGAGAGAAACUCCACCAUUAUCUUUCCUCUGCCCAUAGAUAUGUUGCAGACUUUUAUGCAGAGGAAGUAAUAAAUCUCACAGACAGCAAUUACUGAAAGAGUUAAAUGAAAUCACAUUUGCACUGUUAUUAUUGGUAUAUAGCAGGGGUUCUCAAACUGGGGAGCAGCCCUCUGUGGGAAGGACGCCCUUCAGGGGGGUCGUGGAUGUUGAGCAGAUCUAAAGUUGCAUGAAUAUGAUCCAUGUGGUGACAUAAACAAACAAAAGUGCUCUAAUGCUAA